AUGGAGUAUGAAGGGGAAACAUUUCAUUUGACAGAAUAUCAAAUUAAAAAAGCUCUAAAAGCUUUCAAUUAUUUAGAUAAAAAGAAAAAAGGACUACUAAAAUUUGAUCUAUUAGGAAGCCUCCUACGCUGCAGUGGGUAUAAUGUAUCAUUAAAAGAAAUUGAUAAGAUAAAAGAAAAAAUAAUAGAAAACAAAAUAAUAGCAAAAAAAAAAGAGGCCAAUGUUAAGAGAGAAAGCGAAGUACUAACAAAUGAUGAAUAUCAAAAUUCAGGUAUUAAUAAAUGGAAUGACCAAGGAGAGCAUAAAGUUAGUGAUGCUAACGAUAACGAUGAUGAUAAUGAUGACGAUAAUGAUGACGAUAAUAACGUAUCAAAGUUGUUAAGUGACCUAAAGAACUAUGAUAAUUUCAUGGAAUUAGAAAAGCAAAGAUUAGAAAGAAAGAAAAAGGAAGAGGAAAAUAAAAACUUAUUUAGCAUAAAAGAAUUUUUUAGAAUUAUUCAAAUACCUAAUAUAACCAACGAAACAAAACCAUCAAAUGUUUUAAAUGCGUUUGAAAUAUUUGAUGAAAAAGGUAAUGGUAAAAUAUCAAUUAAACAACUAAGAUUUAUUCUACAGUAUUUAGGAGAGCCAUUAAGUAACUCAGAGUUUGAUGAAUUCUUUGACUGGAUUAAGACGAAAGACAAAGUGUAUAAAACGGACGACAUAAUAUACGAAGAUUUGAUAAAUGAGUUGAUUAACAAAGACACAAAUAUUUAG